CACAGUUGGCAGACGAUUCGAAAUCAAACUGAAUGACAGGCGGAUACAAAAUAAAAUAAACCGCACUUUUGCGUUCGGGACGGUUUACCUUUCGAGAGUGGUACGCUUUGCUUGCCUUCGCCUUUGUUUCGGGAUUCGUAGCCAUUAAGCCGCUCAUGAACGACGCCUAGCAGUUCCCGGUGUGAGAUAUGCUCCGUUUGCUUGAGGUCCAACCCUUUUACCAUGUUAGCUAGGUGGAGAAGCCCGCGGUGAGAAGUGAAGCCUACCCAUCGCAAAGGAACAUUGUUAGCAUCAUUGGGAGUGUUGAUAGAUUAGGAAAAAGAUUGAGUGGUAUUAGCUUAAGCGCCCGGUACCAUGAUGGAUGUUGAAGAAACUACCAAGGUACGACUGGAUCAGGAAAUUGCCGGCCGGCUGCAGGAUGAACACCCCGAACAGUUUAUUACGUUGGUACGAAUGCACCUGUCGUUUGAACUGGAUCUCAACACCGACACGGAGAACGAUCCAGCCGGAUUAGACAAGCAGAAGCUGAAGAAAUGGAAAGGAUUUCACAAGAAAGCGAAGGGCUGCACAUCGGCCAAAGUGACCUCACCGGAAACGGCAAAAGCAGCACUGACGAAGGCAAACAUCGAUGACCUGAAACAGCUGAUUGCAUUCCUGGAGCAGGAAGAGAAUAUCUCACAGGAAGGUAUAUUCCGAAAAACCGGUUCAUUGACUCGUCAAAAUGAAUUGAAAAACUUACUGUUGCAAGGCAACAUGUUACCGCUGGAUGGGACCGGUUACACGGCGCACGAUUGUGCUAGCGUGCUGAAGAGCUUCCUUGCCGAUCUGCCGGAACCACUGCUCACCGAGCUUUACUACCCUGCGUACUGUCAGGUGGCCGAUCUCUUCCACUCCAAGGAAUCCUCCCAUGCAUCGCGCAGUGAAGAUCGCCUGCUAAAUGCUCUACAACUUCUGUUGCUUUUGCUGCCGGAAGAAAAUAAUAUUCUGCUACGGCACAUUAUCGAACUGUUGCAUCUGACAAUUCAGCACGAAGCGACCAACAAGAUGUCGGCCGUAAAUCUGGCCACGCUCUUCACACCGCACCUGAUAUGUCCGCGCAAACAAUCACCAGAGGCACUGCAUAUGACGGCUCAGCAUAUGUCCGGCAUCGUGGGAUUCAUGAUCAAAACCGGCACCCGAUUGUUUCACAUCCCGCCGAAGCUGGCCACCGAUAUACGGGCGUACUUUGUGGAGCAGCGGCGUCGUAAAACCAUGUCCCCGGAACACAUUCUGAACGAGUCCACCACCUCCGACUCGGUUGCGAACACGGUAUACACGUUCGUUGAUCGGGAAAAGACGGCCGAGGCGCAUAUAAUGAAUUCUACGGACACGGCUCUGGCGCAGCUGUACGCUCACAUCCAAAGUUUGCCCGAGUCGUCGAAGAAGAAGAAGCUGGUGAGCAAGUUUAACCGCCAGAAUGGGUACGGUACACCGCUGCAGGUGUUGAUGCAGCGGGAGAAGCACGGGUCGGGCGGAACCGGCCCGGGUAGUGGCGGUGGGUUGAAGUAUCCCCGCUCGAUAAGCGACUCCAUCAAGCGGCACAUUUUCCACAAGUCGCUCAUGUCGAGGACACCGAAACAGUCGAGGACGGGCAGUCAAACUCCGACCACGUUUCAGACUCCGAGCGGGACGAGCUACGGCAGCGGAGGUCCGAGACAGCGCGUACUUUUCCAGAGUCCCGUCUCUGCAUCCGAUUCACCGUCCAGCGUUGGUUCGCCUGCGUGCAUCAAGCGUUGCUCCUCUGUAUCGUCCUCGUCCUCGUCGCUCUCUUCGAUGUCCUCACACUCGUCGGCCGGUAAUCAUCCCAAUGCCGGUUUCCUGACACGCACGAGCAGUAGCGAGAGUAGCUGCAGCACUGCUAGCUCACUAGAGCAAAAAUCCAUCUCCAACCGGGGCACAGAAAUAUCGAAAGCUGAAGCACUCAAAAGAAGGUCGUCCGGUGAUUUAGGAGACGAGCACCAACUGUCCGCUGAGCAACGAUGUGGCAGCAUUGAGCCGGAGGCGGAUGCUUCUUUAGAGCGGAAACGAAGCAGAGUAGACGAUCGCCAGGAGCAACAGGAUCACCAAUCAGCGGGUCGCUCGAAAUCCUCCCUGAUGGUGCGGUUCGGUGUCGAUACGGUUGCCGGUUGCAAUCUGAUCGAGGACCAUGAACCGCCACCUCCCGAGGAUGAUGAAGACUUUGUCGAGCAGGAGGACGACGAGAUCGAUGGGAGCGAAAGCGAGCACGACGUGGAGUUUUCCCACGCCCGGCAGCUACUGUCGGUCGGUGACGAUGGCGAACAAGAUGACGAUGAGGAUGGUUUCGAGGACGAUAGCGAGCGGAUACUGAGCGAUACCGAGGAAGAUCGGUACGGGUCAUCGGUGCUGGGCGAAACACGAUCGCGAUACCGGUCCGAGCCAAAUCUUAGCGCUAUCGGCUACCAGCAUCGACACGGCCGGAACAAUCGGGAUAAGAAAGCGUUGCUAAACGAAGAGCUUCCCAGCGAAAGCUCGGAAACGGACUGCAAACUGCGAUCGUCAGGCACGCCAGGCGGAGGUACAUCGACCAAGCAGCGAAUCAACUUCUUCAAGAACAAACUCAUCAAGGGUGUAUCGAUGGGUAAUUUGCGUUUUCCGUUCGGUGGUGAUGCUAGCAAGGGAAGCAAGAAAAGUACCAACCGAUCCGUUGAGACGUUAGAUCAAACGGCCGCGACUACUGCGAGGAAUGGCAGUUUUGCGGACUGUAGCUUUCUUCCGACGCUGCGAGCCUCUGCUUCUAGUGGGGCCACCGGGUGCACGGUGCCCGAUUCUCAUCCGCUACCAGCGACCGUUAGCUGGACGGCCAGCUGUCUAACCAGUACGCCCGGUCCGGCAACACUCAUCGGCGGGCGCAAUUCAAUGUCGCCAAUCACGAAAAGUACGCAGCGGAUGCCAAAAUCGAUGCAGGAAUCGAUCAUGACACCGCGAUCGCGUAAACCGGUCAUGCUGCUAGCGCUGGCAAAUGCAAACGAACAGCAACAACUGUCGACGACGUGCGCCAGCUUCUCAAGCUUGAAGGAGGAAGAUGAGGAAAUGGAUCUGGAACCGGCGGCAGGCGUUUCCACGCUAAACGGUGGCAGCAAUGUGGCCACACCGUCACGCAUCGAUCGGAAUAUUAAGCAGCUGAUUAACGACACAGGGCUGCCACCGAUCGGUAACGAGGUGGGUCUACCCCCGAUACCCAGCCAUUUCCCUGCCAAAGGUAACAUUGACUCCGGUUGCGUGGUUGUUCAUGGUGGUGGUGAUGUAGCUGAAGGAGACCAAGCGUCUAGCUCUUUGACGAGUCCCUUUCGACAUUACCUGCUCAGUCGCGGUUUAAUGCCGGCGGAAAGUCCGGCCGAUCUGUCGUUCGCCAGCCAGUCGGAUGAUUUUGAAUCAUCGGCAGAAAUUUUGGACCAACUCAGCGAAUCUAAGAUGAGCGAAAGUUUGCUGUACUGUAUGAAUGGGAACGAACCGAAGGAGGACCAGACGAAAAGGACUGCCGCCCCGCUGCAGCGAUUACCCGAGCGGGUUGAUUCUGACCUAGACGAGACGGCACUGUGAGAGGGAAUCAGAUUUCCAGAAAACAAGAGAGAGAAUUCGCUUGAACCAGAGAGAGAGAGAGAGAGAGAGAGAGUAACAGUCAAUCAAAAUUUUAACUUUUUGCUCGUACAUGUGCAAGCGAAGAGUUAACAAGCUUACAGAUAAAGAAGCUUAAUGCUGCUUAAAUUACGCUAUUAUUCACGUACCGACACGUACCGAAUCCAUCAUAACGGAUCAAACGGUCGGAAUGGCACGCUCGACCCGGUCAGCACCAUAUGGCGAUGCGAUUCUUCCGAAUAAUAAGCUGAAUGGACGCGAAUACUUAAUCGGGCGCGUAUUCCGAUAAAUACAGCACAAUACUCAGUGCGCCACGACAGACGGAUUCGGUACAAGACAAGUUGUAAAGAAAUUGUAUUACUUAUGAGUAUUUUUUGUAGCUAAGACACACACUUCUAUAUUCCCGUAUACGUUCGAGCAAUAAAGAAGGCUGCAUAUACGAAGAA